AUUUGAACGAUCAUUCAGUUGAAAGUUUCCCUUUGAUAAACUUUAACAAUCAGUAAAUUGUUUACAAUCAAAAGUACCAACAGUAACAAUAAUCCUCUUAAUCCACUUAAUCCAAGUAAUCCACUUUCAUCUUAUAAGUUAAUUGCGUUUCCUCAUCUUGUGAUUUAAUUGUUUCCAUUUUUAUCUCAAAAAGAUAAACACAAUUAAGCUUGAUUAAGUUUUCUCAUUUUCCAACAAUCAACACACGACAAUUGAUAACAAUCAGCUAAUCGCUACUACCCAACCUUUUUUCAUACCACAUAACAGGAUUUACCGAUUAACCUUUAACCUUUUCGUUAAUCUUUACUCUUUCUCAUCAUCAUGGUUAAUAAUUCAAUGAGUGAUUCUGAUUCUGAUUCAGGAGGCGGUGGAAUUGAUAACAAUUUAUCAGCCAUGAUACAACAGAUAAGGUCAAUGUUUACCGAGGAAGUGAAAACCAAUGGUCAUCUUUAUGAUCAGAUUGAUAUUGACAGAGUGAUCAGUGAUGAUUAUACAAUUGAACGAUAUCUUAAACAUCAACGUGAUGAUAUUGAUAAAGGAUUUAACAUGUUAGUUGAAUCAAUGAGAUGGAGACACUCAUUUGGAGUUAACCAAAUACAAUUAACUGAUUUUCCUAAGGAAUAUUUUGAAACCGGUGAGGCUCAUCUUUACACCGAGGAUCAGAAUGGUGUAUCAACCGUUUACGUGAGAGUUAAAUUGCACAAGAAGAUCAAUGAAUUAAGUUUAUUGUCUCAAAAGUUUCUCGUUUAUCUGUUUGAACGAUGUGAGAUCGAAGGCCGUAAAUCGGGUAAAGGCUACGGAUUAAUCUGGGAUUGUUAUGGUGGUAAUUUGUUCAAUGUUGAUAUUGAAUUGUUACAAUUUCUGACCGGAAUUUGGAUUAACUAUUAUCCUGGUGGGACAAAGUACAUUUUACUUCACGAACUACCCUGGAUUCUUAGGGCCAUUUACCGUUUAGCCCGUUCAUGGAUACCUGACAAUUUACGUGAACAAAUUUGUUUCGCCUCGAAAAAUGAUAUUGGCUCAUUUAUUGGUACCAAACAAUUACCUGAUUAUUUACGUGGCGAGUGUAAGGUUAACUAUAAGAAAGCACCUCAGGUUUGUCAGCCCAUGAAAAAGUUCAUAGAAAAUGAAAUAAUUGAAUCUGAAGGAGGUAAAAAGUUUCUUGAUCAUUAUAAAUCUUACCUGGAGACGCCGUUCAAAGUUUGAUUUACUCAAUUCAAAUAAACCAUAUCAUCAUUGAUUAACAAUUGAAUGGAACGAUGGCAGCUACAAUUUUCUUAUUAUGAUUUAAUUUAAUGUUGUUUAAUCUACUAACUGCCUGAAUGAAUUAGUAAUAAAAUAAAAACCAACAGUUGAUAAGUGUUGUAAAUCCAACAACAAUUGA